GCGAUGGUCAGGUCGUCGCAGGGCGAUGGGCUCUUGAUAAUCGGCUGGCUCCUGGCACUCCGUUUCAUCGGUGCCGGUGCCCAGUUAGAUCCAGAUUACGGAUGUCCGCUUCAAGAGAGGAUACUGCCAUGCAGAUGCUCCAUACGCGAUAUGGAGGUUCAGAUAUGGCAAGUUUAGACGGUCAGAUAUGUAAUCCCGAGAAUUACAUAAACAAUGUUGAACGCUAUAAAUUCGCACAGGUGUAGCCACAGCGAGUUACCAAAGGUACUGGAAGGUCUGCAGGCAGUGAGUCACUAUAUGGACCGACCGGUAGACGAGCUGAUUCUAGAAAAUAACAACCUGCCCAGUCUACCUGGCAAGGUGUUCGCAACUUUACGAGUUCUGCGCUUGAUGCUGCGGAAUAAUCGUCUCGAAAGGGUAUCCUCCGGCUGUCUACACGACUCCUUGCUGGAACUAUUUAUCGUUGAGUCCGAUCUGCGAUCUCUACCUGUAGACAGUCUGGAAAACUUGCAGGGUGUCGAGGCGAUGACAUUGCAGAGUCGCGUGAUGAAGCGACUGCCGAGAUUCUCUGGUCUGCCGAAACUAAGGUAUCUUCAGAUCAACUCUCCAGCCUUGCUAGAACUCGUCCCAAGGAACUUCCGAGACAUUCCCAACUUGGAACAGUUACACGUGCUGGGUAGCCCCAGACUAACUAGACUAGAGGCUGGGCUUCUUCGAAGUCUGCCUCGGUUAGAACUGAUUAACAUCACUGAUUCUGGAAUCCAUUGGAUUCAUCCACGAGCCAUGAUCAAUCUACCAGAACUCAAGGAGAUCUCGUUGGUUGGAAACGCCAUAAUUGACGCUGGUAUGGUCGGUCGUGCGUGUAUGGAUCUCCCGUCGCUGUCAGUGAUACGUCUGGAUCGAAAUCGCAUCAAUCGCUUGGGCGAAGGCUCUUUUGUCGAUCUUACCGUUUUAUCACGUCUCUAUCUGUCACGCAAUCACAUCACCGAGAUAUUCGCCGGUGCUUUCCAAGGAGUACCAGCCCUCAAGUCCAUGGACCUGAAUCAUAAUCUGAUUUAUCGCAUUCAUCCGGAAUUCUUUCCGCAACGAAUAGGAAACGCGUUGGAGGAAAUAUGGCUGAUCAAUAAUGACCUUAGUCACGUAGCGGAGAUACGAUCGGUGCUUGAGGCUCUGCCAAGGCUGAAGUUCCUAGACGCCAGUCACAAUCAGUUGGAGGAAAUACCCUUCGGUGCUCUAAGAGGCCAUCCCACUUUGGAAAGGCUUCAUCUUAAUCAUAACAGGCUGGCAUUUUUACAAAGAGAAACGUUCACGGCGAUGCCAGCGCUGAGGGAACUCAGGCUGAAGAACAAUUCCCUAUCGAAUCUACUGGAAACUCCCUUCUGGAAUUUGCCAGCGUUAAAAGGUCUAGAUUUAUCAGAGAACUACUUUCGUCACAUAGAACCACGCCUGUUUACUAAUCUGCCAAAUCUCAGGCGACUUGAUCUUAGCGGUAACGCUAUAGGACUCAUCGAACCCGAGUCUUUUCUGGGCACACCGGUGCUGGAGCACGUCAAUGUUUCCGGAAAUGCCUUAUCCGUCAUUCAUCCUUUAACCUUCCGACACCUGACAAACUUAUACGAGUUGGACAUCGGUUUGAAUCGUAUGCUGGAAGUAGUCCCUGGUCUGCCGAAAGACAUCGAACAUCUUCACAUUCAAAAGAACCGUAUUGUCGCUCUACCAACCGUGUCCUCUCAGAAUCUAGCUCUACCUGCUCUACGAUCGUUGGAUUUAAGCUCGAAUGGGAUUGACAGAAUUUCGCCUGAUACUCUGGCUGACUUACCGAAUUUGAAAAAAUUGAAUCUAAGCUACAACACCCUAAGACUUCUAGACGAUGGCGUUUUCGACGGACUCAUGGGAUUGGAACAGCUAGACUUAAGAUGCAACCGGCUGGUCACGUUACACGGCCGAAGUUUCCGACCAUUAAAGUCGUUGAUGGACGUGAAUCUUCGGGGUAAUCGAGUGGAGGUUCUGCGACCAGAUAUUUUUCAAGAGAACACGAGACUGCAAAGAAUUGAUUUGAGCAGAAAUAAUCUCGCACAAAUACCUCAUGCCACCUUUACUAAUACCAGAGACCUUCGUGAACUGUACGCGUCGCACAAUACUUUGACCGAGUUACCCGGAUCGCUGCACGGGUUAACGGCUCUACGGGUCCUCGAUUUGAGCUUCAACAAGCUGAACAUCCUAUCUCCGGAAACGUUAAGCAGCCUAUCGUCCUUGUUGGAGUUGAAACUGGUUAGAAAUCAUAUACGUGAGCUGCGGGAAGGUGCGUUCGAUGGAUUACCGCGACUAUCCCUGAUCGAUCUGGAAAACAAUGAUCUCAGGGUGAUCGAAAGAAACGCAAUCAGAGCGUUACCGGAGUUGCAGGCCGUCCGACUCGGCAGAAAUCGAUUACAGUCCAUCCCCAGUGGCACUUUCACCGAAUUACCGCUGCUACAGAGCGCGGAACUUCAGGAGAAUCUGAUCCAGGAAAUCGCUAGUAAUGCCUUCAUUAACGUACCACACUUACUUUUCCUUAAUCUAAGUCACAAUCACCUACCGGACUUGGAGUACGUCGGUCUGGAGAGCCUUCACUCGUUAGAGGUUCUUGAUCUCAGUUACAAUCGAUUAUCCAGAGUUUCUAGCGAGAGUCUAGCAGCUAUGGAGUGGCUGGUGGAACUAAAGAUGGACAACAAUCGGAUUUGCGCCGUGCACGGUUCACCUUUCGAUGAUAUGCCCAGAUUGCGGGUAUUGAGUCUGCGAAGCAAUCGAAUGACUGCGGUCUCCGAAAACACUUUUAAAAGGCUGCGAUCGAACAUCGCUGUCUUAGAUAUCGACGGAAAUCCACUGUCCUGUUCUUGCGGUAUGCUUUGGCUGCGAGGAUGGCUACAGCAGGCUUCCACAGAGGGUCCUAGAUGCGCUGACGGCUCUCUUUUCAAAGAACUCAGAUUAUCGCGACAGGAUUGCCAGCGUGAGAGAUAUGUGGAACCGAUUCAUCCAGGAUGCGAGGCUGAAAUGAUUAAUGUUGCGACUCCUUCAGUUUCUUCAUCUGCAUUUGGGAUUACAGAGACAAUACCAUUGUGGAUGAAUCUAAAGGAUUUUUCGACGCAAAAGCCUUCCGUUUCCCAAGAUUCUGAUUACUUGUACCAAUACAUAGAUUAUCAGGACAUGAACGAAAGCGACACAAGUACGUUGCUGCCCAGCGUGUCUACUACUAUUAGUGCACCUACCCAGACAGUGAAGAUCAUUCAUCCAUCACAGAAACCUCAAGUACAGAAGAACACCACGUCAUCAAUAAAGAAAAAUCCUGUGCCACCGUCACCCAGCAGUUCCGGCUUCACCUUUUUCGGUCUACCGAUUGGUCUACCGAAUUUGAACUUCAAUCUGUGGGGACAUUCGGCCAGAAAGGCAGAGAGAAAGGAAUCCUCAUCGGAAUCAUCGUCGUCGUCGGAUAGACCCGGCCGAGGACGUUACAGAUCUUUUCCACCCACGGAACCAGAAAUUCAUAGAGGUGGUUUCGUGCCUCUACCGCGCAGCCAAAGCGGUUUCGUGCCGAUCGCCGAUCCUAGAUUGACAUAUGAGAAACACGCAAAGCAUGAAAAUACUUCAAGAUCGUUGAAUGUAAGCAAUACAUCGGUACAAGAACGUUCUGUUCUUCGAAAAAGCGGAAAUAGCACAGUGACCAAGGUGGAAAAAAUUGUCCCCAGAACCGGGAAACCGCGGAUAAGCUUCCGAGAAAAAGAAGACCUACCCACUACAUCGACAGUCAUUCGAUCAACGAGUUUUGAGUCUCGCAAAAUUUUGUCCAACGUCAAUAGAAUCAGCCUUAAUGCAUCAAACGCAGUGAAAAAUAGCGUGCCAAUAAUCGUAGAGGAAGACUCAUCGCAAGAAGCUCACGAAACAUCAGUGUCCACCGAAAUUUAUGACGGCGAAAGUUUAGAAGUAAAUACGGAAGACAUUAAAUUCAUAGAGAAGCCGCAGAUGGAAGUCGCUAACAAAAUAGUUUGGACCACACCAAAAUCAGUAACAACGGAAACGAAAAAAAUUACAAUUACUAAGGAAACUGUAACUGCAGCGGUGGAGGUAGCACCGUCAAAAGAAGACGGAUCUAAAGAUUGGAAUUUAGAAAUAUCUGAACAUGAAAGUGAUCCAACUGUUUUAAACAGUACAGUUAACUCCCAUGAGAAACCUGACCAUUUGGAUAUUGUGACAGAAACGGAUGCAGAACCGAUUUCGCACUUCUCAGCACCCUUAACGUCCUCUACAUCGAAUCCACGGCCCAAAGAAACAACUAUGACUUCUCGAGGAACGGAGGCAUCUGCUUUGUCCGCGCUUCUGAUUCCGGGCGGACUAGUACCGUCUUUAGGAUCCGUAAAUUUACGUCCGCUUGGUAGAUCUACAAUAACCAAGGUCGCUUCGCCGUACAUCAGCUACAGUACCGAACAAUCCAAAGAGAAACAGAAGUUGAUCGCCAGCGCUGUUCAGAGAAGCGAGAUUGACAAGACGACGACCGAAAACCAGAACGAUGUGUUCGUCAUCGACGAUGAAGCCAAAGUAAUAGACAACGGUCCUUUCAAUUGGUACUUCCAGCAUUAUAAUGACACAAAUGUAGGGCCUUAUGUAGGCAUAGCUUACAGCAGUGCUGCGAAGAUCGAUAUCUAUCGAUGGUUUCUUUUGCUUGUGGUUUUCAGUAUUCUGAUAUAAAGAUUUGGAGAUUAGAUCAUUUUUUCACAGACAAAUUAAUCGUUGUAUCAUACGAGAUAAAAUAUACUGUAACAUUUGUUAAUAAAUGCUGUGGUGAAUGUUCCAAAUCAUAAAUCAUACAUAUUCAAUCAUAUUAUGUAUACAAUGCAAGAAAUUUGUAAACAUCUAUAUUC